CUCGCUCCAAUACUACCCAACACUACACUCUAUUUCACAUGGCCACUCGACCUGUUGAUUUCCUUCUUGUUGGGCUGGGUAAUCUAGGCGAAGAGUACAUAACCACUCGUCAUAAUGCUGGAUUUUUGUUCAUAGAUUAUCUCGCAAAUGUCAUUGCUUUGGACCAAAAGUCGAAUGUUCCUCCAGUAUUCCAACGUAGGAUGGCAUUAUCAGCUGAUGUUCAUGAUGUCGUUUUCUCAUAUCAAAAGGGUAGCGUCUCAAAUUCGCUGCGGAUAGUCCUUGCAAAACCACUGACUUAUAUGAAUGAGUCGGGAGUAGCUGUCAAGAAGGUCAUGGAUUAUUAUCAAUUGACGGACUCCAAGAAGCUAAUUGUGAUUUCGGACGAUAUCAACACUUUACCCGGGUCCUUGGCCAUUCAAAAUGGGGGCGAUCUAAAGAGUCUGGCAGGUCAGAAAGGUCAAGAAAGCAUUGCAACCAUCUUAGAGACUACAGAUUUUGUCCGCUUUCGUCUUGGUGUUGGAAAACCACCUUCUGGAAGCCCCACAACUAUUCCUCAAUGGGUGCUUGGUCCUUUCAGUCGCGACAAUAAAGAGAUGGAUUUGUUCGCGUAUUUAAUGAGCCAUACAACGCAGGCUCUACUGAAUUUUGUACAGACUAAUGAUUUGAAGCUCUGCAAGAAAAAGUUUGCGUCAUCCAAAAAACUCCCAUCUAGACUGGUACCCACAGAGAGCUUGGUCUAUCCUGUGCAUAUCGAAGACUUGUGAGUUUCAGAGAACCAAGAGAAACUCUCCCAUCUUUUCUUAUAAUCAAUAAAGCC